UUAUUUUAAUUGUCCAAACGGGAAGAACCUUUCCUAGGCAUCUCAUUCUCUCAUAACACAUUGGCUCAGACAUCAACUCGAACUUGAGUCCAGACUACCACGACAUUAGUUACCAACACUAAGUAUGUUUCUGAUACUACUCAACUAAUUUUUACAAAAUGUCCUGAUUCACCAAAAGGCAUAUAUAGACAAGUCUGACUGUGUUUCCCACUGUUCAGUUAAGUCCUUUCCAAACUACCUUCAUGGACACCGCGUAGCAACCACAAAUCAUUUAAUUUAACAUUAUUGCGUUAUCCCUCCGCUGGAAUAUGUAGAUCGGUGUUAGAUGCGGCAUCCGGUGAAGUAUACCAGCAUCUCAUGUGGUGUUUUUCUAUCGGUUUAAUAUACUGUUUUUGAACAUGGGUGUGGGUACCGGUAUAUCAUUUAGUGGAGAAAAUUAAGUGGAAUAGUUAAAUAGGUUCUUCACCGGAAGUUUUGCUGGUUGAUUUAAAUGUUCUGCCCUAUUUACGUACUUCCUCUUCAGUCGAGCCCCGAAGACGCGGCCAGAUCAUGUCAGGCGAUUCUGCUGAUUAUAACAGCUCCAGAGAUAGAGACCAUGGAGGCCCAGAUGGAAUGGAGCCUGAUGGUGUCAUCGAGAGCAACUGGAAUGAGAUCACAGACAACUUUGAUGACAUGAAUCUGAAAGAAACCCUCCUGAGGGGAAUCUAUGCCUAUGGUUUUGAGAGGCCAUCUGCGAUUCAGCAGCGGGCAAUCAUUCCAUGCAUCAAGGGUUUUGAUGUUAUUGCUCAGGCCCAGUCAGGCACAGGAAAGACAGCCACUUUUGCCAUUUCCAUCCUGCAGCAGCUGGCGAUUGAGCAGAAAGAGACUCAAGCUCUGGUACUGGCUCCAACCAGGGAGCUGGCCCAGCAGAUCCAGAAAGUCAUUUUGGCUCUGGGUGACUACAUGGGGGCCACCUGUCAUGCCUGCAUUGGUGGUACAAAUGUACGCAAUGAGAUGCAGAAACUCGAGGCGGAGGCUUAUCACAUAGUGGUAGGGACCCCCGGCCGUGUCUUCGACAUGGUGAACCGCGGAUACCUUUCUCCUAAGUGGAUCAAGAUGUUCGUUUUGGAUGAAGCUGAUGAAAUGUUGAGUCGAGGAUUCAAGGAUCAGAUAUACGAAAUCUUUCAAAAGUUGAGCACCAACAUCCAAGUUGUGCUUCUCUCGGCCACCAUGCCAUCUGACGUGCUGGAGGUGACCAAGAAGUUCAUGCGGGAUCCAAUCCGCAUCCUGGUGAAGAAGGAGGAACUUACCCUUGAGGGUAUUAAGCAGUUCUACAUCAAUGUGGAGAGAGAGGAGUGGAAGCUGGACACCCUCUGUGAUCUGUAUGAGACUCUGACAAUCACCCAAGCCGUGAUCUUCUUGAACACGAGGAGGAAGGUGGACUGGCUGACAGAGAAGAUGCACGCCAGGGACUUCACCGUCUCUGCCUUGCACGGAGACAUGGACCAGAAAGAGCGCGAUGUGGUCAUGCGGGAGUUCCGCUCCGGAUCCAGCAGGGUCCUGAUCACAACUGAUUUGCUGGCUCGUGGAAUUGACGUGCAGCAAGUCUCUCUAGUCAUCAAUUAUGACCUUCCCACAAACCGAGAGAACUACAUCCAUAGAAUUGGACGUGGUGGCCGUUUCGGCAGAAAAGGAGUUGCAAUUAACUUUGUAACCGAGGAGGACAAGAGGAUUCUUCGGGACAUCGAGUCCUUCUACAAUACUACUGUUGAGGAGAUGCCUUUGAAUGUGGCUGAUCUGAUUUAAACUCUGGGCUGGUGUCUUGUGAGGUGCUCUCUGUGGCUCAAAUGAACAGGUGCAUUGUGCUUAUUUUAUUGGAAAGUGGUUACUCUUGUCUCAAUGCUGAACCUGGAUAAGAAAACUGAUAUUUUGCAGUGACGCAGCCACGGUGGUGAGUUCUCUUUAGGGACCUCAGGAGGCACGGUGCUCUUAACAGUUAGACUAGGGUGGGGUGCCAGUAGAAAUGGGCUCUUACAGAAUCUUCUUUCGUAGGUAUAUAUUUCCUAGACCAAUACAAGUGUGUGUAAUAGAUGUUCUUUAUCGUUUGAUAAUUUACUUGUGGACUAAAAGGUAUAAGUGCUGUAUUAAGUCUGCCAAUUUUCUUCAACUAACAAACCUGCAGUUAUUCUAGUGCUUGGUUCAGAAUUUCUUUCAGAACUUUUCAGAUAAGUUUGUUAAAUACAUUGCACAAUUGUUUUAAACAAGUGACCCUAAACCUCUUACCUAUGGGCCAUAACAUAGUAGCACCUACCUGAUCUUGGCUUGUACAUGACCAAUUUUGAAAUAAAGUGGAAUAUGGUU